CUGAUAUCCAUGUUUACGGGCUUGGCGAUGGCCUUGUGGGUGGCUGUUGGACGCAUGCUGUACCCCGCCAGGCCCACUGCUGCCCGCACCACUCUAGGGGCCUGCACGUUGAACUACACCGUCCGUGUCCUUCCACAGCGGACUUACUACUCGGGGGGCAUAUACGACCUCUACAACGUGUCGUAUAUGUGGAUUCCGGUCAUAAGCUUUUUCGUCACGCUCGUGGUAGCCAUCUUCUUCACGGUUAUUUGCGGCUUUAAGAAGUCUGCCUACGUAGAUCCACGCUUCAUAGCACCAUGCAUGAGGAAAAUCUACCUGAAGACUAAGACCCAGGAGAAACAACAGCCAGCCAAGGAACCGAAACAUGUGCCGAUGAAGCCGGAGGAGAAACCCUGUGACAGACCACAGGAGCUCAGCGUGAUCACGAGUAAUGGGACCGGUUACGUGAACAACGCUAUGACGGAUGACGACGCCGUGAAGCGGACCGUAAUUUAGGCGUAGAACCUAUCCCAAUAUACCACAAUUGCGAAUAUUAGCGUGGCUGGUAUACACGGAUUUAUGAGCCUUCAAUUGUCUAUGCAAAAAACUGUCACUAUAUUGUAGAUAAAUAUGUAGUUUAUACAAGAAUGCGCCCAUUAUCGCCAUGAAGGUUAACGUGGUCAUGAAAAAUAAGCGAGAAAUUGAGCUCCCUUCGCUUCAGGCCAAGUAUUUCGCACAUGCAGUUCAUCGCCAUUUUGUCACGGCUCGACGGAUCAUGCGAUGUUGCCAUUAAAGGCGUCAGUUUCCGCCCAUAUUAUUUUGCAGUUUGAUCUCAAAUUAGAAACCCAAACACCA